UUUUUUUUAACUCUAGAACCACUUGGGCUUUCCUAUAUCGGGCCAUGGGACAGUGUGGGCGAGAGAGAGUGAGACAAAUAGAGAGAGAGGCAGAGUGAGAAAGACAGAGAGGGGCUAACACAGCAUAAUUAGCCCAAGCUGCUUGGUUACCUUCCAAACAAAGCGGAGGAUUCACUGAGUGGGCAGGGAGGCGGGGAGAGAGAGCACGAGAGAGAGAGAGAGAGAGAGAGAGAGAAAAAGAGAGAGAGUGAGAGAGAGAUGAAGAGACAAUGAUUGCACACUUCCACAUACACUUGAAGCCCAGUCUCCCUAGGAGACACAGGAUAACAGAAUGACAGUGCAAGUGCAAUGCUAGUACAGUUAUAUAUGCAGAGAGAGAAAGAGACAGAGAGAGAGAAAGAGAGAGAGAGAGAGAGAGAGUUGAAAAAAAAACAAGGCAGAAGUGAUUUGACAGUUGGAGGAGGAGACAGCACAGUGAGAAAAAGUGAAAAAUAGAGAAAUACAGAAGAAAGAAUACGAGUUAGAGCGAGAGAAGGAGCGAGAGAAGGAGCGAGAGUCGCAGAAGAGAUGUGUGUGGGGAUGAAGAGGAUCUGUCAGAAGAGUUGAGCAGUGGCUCCCACACACUCUCUCUCUCUCUCUCUCACACACACACACACACACACACUGGAGGUAGAGGGAAGGACGGGAGGAUGAAGAAACAUUCCGCCAGAGUUGCUCCUCUCAGCUCUUACAGCACACAGGUUCUCACCUGCCCCAUCUCUGAAGGAGAUGAAGGCUCAGAUUCCAAUGCUGAGACUCCAGCCAGUGAGGCGAGCAGAGAGGCCAGCGCCUUUCAGACGUGCAUCAGCGUAGUUCUGAAGGUGCUGGGUGGACUACUGGUGGUCCUGUGUGUGUCCUCGUCAUGGGUGGGAACUACUCAGCUGGUCCAGCGCACCUUUAAGACCUUCUCCUGCCCUUUCUUUAUCUCCUGGUUCAGCACCAACUGGAACAUCCUCUUCUUUCCUCUCUACUACUCCGGCCACGUGGCCAUCACCAGAGAGAAGCAGACACCCAUUCAGAAAUUCAGGGAGUGCAGUCGACUCUUUGGAGAAGAUGGGAUGACCAUGAAGCUUUUUCUGAAGAGGACUGCACCUUUCUCCAUCUUGUGGACGCUAACAAACUAUCUAUACCUCCUAGCACUGAGGAAACUCACAGCCACAGAUGUUUCAGCCCUCUACUGCUGCCACAAGGCCUUCGUCUUCCUCCUGUCCUGGAUUGUCCUCAAAGAUCGCUUCAUGGGUGUGCGGAUUGUUGCUGCCAUUAUGGCCAUCACAGGCAUCGUCAUGAUGGCCUAUGCUGAUGGUUUUCAUGGGGAUUCUAUCAUAGGUGUGGCUUUAGCAGUAGGUUCUGCCUCCACAUCUGCUCUCUACAAGGUGCUGUUUAAGAUGUUCCUGGGCAGUGCCAACCUGGGAGAGGUUGCCCACUUUUUCUCCACCAUGGGCUUCUUCAACCUGAUCUUCAUCUCCUGUGUGCCCCUCAUCCUCUACUUUACUAAAGUGGAGCACUGGGGCUCCCUCUCCUCGCUGCCCUGGGGUUAUUUAUGCGGCGUGGCCGGCCUGUGGCUCGUAUUCAACAUCCUGGUUAAUGUAGGUGUGGUUCUCACCUACCCCAUCCUCAUAUCUAUUGGGACUUUACUCAGCGUUCCAGGCAAUGCAGCUAUCGAUGUGCUGAAACACGAGGUGAUCUUCAGCGUGGUGCGUCUGGCUGCCACCUGCAUUAUCUGCGUGGGCUUCCUGCUGCUCCUGCUGCCAGAAGAGUGGGACACGGUCACUCUGCGCUUCCUGGCCAACCUCGCCGACAAGAAGUCCGAGGAGCACGGAGAAGAGCUGACCGAGUCCAGCAUCCACACCCGCAGCCGCAGCAGAGCCAACGGAGCCGUGUCCAUACCCAUGGCAUGACCUUUAGCCUCCAAACUUUCUAUGAUAUUGAUCUGAGAUGAGAUUCUAGUGCUGGAGAACCACCGUGAGAGAGCUGUGCCUGGGUCACGGCUACUUGUAGGACGUUCAGGAGGUGAGUGGAGAAAUGCAGAGAAAAAAAAAAGAAGAAGAUGAAGAAGAAGAUGAGGCAAAACCGGGGGAUCAUAAUGUCAUGAUGUGCUGAAACAACAGCCACUACAUCUGAGAACACAACUGUGAGAAAACUGGUGCGCAAUAGAGGAUCGCGCUGUUACAUCUCUAACCUUUAAGUGAAACAACACCGGGGCAUUUUUCAGACUGGACUGAGAAGACGAAAAAUAAUAAUUUCUUUGAUAACAGAAAGAUGUUAAUUCACAGUAUUUAGUUUUUAUUUAUUUUCUGCUAGGAUUUCAUAUUUGCAAUUUCUGUGGGAAGACGGACUCUCGUGAUUAAUAGAUGCCAGUAGCCUUUCUCUUUGCACGCCCCAGCCCUGACCCCUGAUGUUGCCUGUUGAACCUUGAAGCACCCACAUGGACUGUAUUCUGUGAAUAUAGACUCAAUCAGAGCCAAUUUGGCUCACUGUAUUAAAACUAAUGCAUUCAGAGAUAUAGCUACAAUACAGAGAUUAUAAAAGUGUAUGUAAUGGAAUUAUACUGUAUAUAAUAAGGAGGGGUAAUAUAUUAUGCCAUAUAUGAAUAAGACUGUCUCUUCUUUUUACAAUGGAAGAAAAAAAAUAAAGAACUGCUUCAGA